AUCUAUCAAAAGAACACCAAAUUGGUCUCUCCCCUCCGAUCCCUAAAAUAAAGGACACAAUUGGUCAUUAAAAUAAAACACCAAGUUCCAACUGGGUCAGUCAAGCCCAUAAAAAGCAACACAUUCCACUCAUUCCUCAAACUUUCACCCCACCGAAGUGAUCAAGUCCGAGCACACGAUCCCAUGAUGACAGAAACCACCGCCAUCAUGGCUGCACUCUCCACUCUUCCCCCUCCACAGCUCUCAGAUCUCAACUUCUCCAUACUCUCAGAUAUCCGCCACCACCACCGCCGCCUCUCAGCCGUCCUUUCCUCCCCUACCCUCUUCUCCCUCACUCUCCACCACCUCCACUCCCUCUCCCUCCCACAUAAGACUCUCCUCAUUGCCCGACACCUCCUCUCCGCCCUCCGUCACCUCGCGCGCCACUUCCACCCCAAACAACAGCCACCUCCUCCACCUUCAACCGCCACCAAACAACGAGACCUCGAUGCAGUUUUACUCCUCCUCCUACUCUGCGAAAUCCGCCAACACAACCCAGAAGCUCUGGAAACGUCAUCUCCCGCCAAAUGGCGCGAAAUUCUGAGCGGGCUCUGGUGUGAUGCCGUGUUAACGAUUUCUGGCAUUGGGUUCUGUGAUGGGUCGGUCUUGAUUCCGUACAUUGAGACGGUGACGAGGUGCUGGAAGUUUGUUGGCGAAAUGGGUUGCUGUGGCGGCGAUGGUGAUGGGAAGGUGGCGGCGUCUCCGGCGGCGGUGGUUGCGCUUCCGUCGGUGGAGGUGAGAGGGCGUGGAGUGGAGUGUGUAAUAUGUAAGGAGGAGAUGAGAGAAGGGAGGGACCUGUGUGAGUUGCCAUGCGAGCACUUGUUUCAUUGGAUGUGCAUUCUGCCGUGGCUGACGAAGAGGAACACGUGUCCCUGCUGCAGGUUCCCGCUACCCACGGAUGAUGUAUUCGGAGAGAUCCAACGACUGUGGGAGGUUCUGGUCAAGAACACCAUCAAGAUGUAGCUUCUAUUGCACUGCACGUGUCAUAAUCGGAUGGGUGAUUGUGAUAGAUAGUCGAUAGAUGACGAGAGAGAUGGGCCCAGAUUGAAUGAUGGUGAUGCAUGGACCGUAGAGAAUCGCUUGUUUAUUGACAUGACACGUGUGGUUAAGGUUAAGGCAUAUAAAUGAGACGACAAACAGAUAUUUAUACGUUAAUGGUUUGAUAUUGCAACACAAAUCAUUGUAUUCCUUCUCUAUGUACAUUGCAUUGAUUUCUCUUAAUUACAUGAUUAUGAUUUAUGAGAAUUCUAUUAAAGUUGUAUUGAUCUAAUGACAAAGUAGAACAACCCAUCUUCUAAAUCCCCAA